UUCAAAGAGAAUGAUCUCUUCUCCUACUUCAUUUUUCAAGCUACAUUGAUCAUUUCUUAGUCAGCUGCAGUUCUUCUACUUCGUUUUGGUAUCUCUGUAGUGUUUUCUUUCAACCCUUUUAUGGUGUUGAUGUGAGAACAGAGGUGGGGUUUUCUGUUUCUGGGCAUUUCUGGUUUCUGGGUGUAGUGUUGAUUGAUAUACACGAACUUCUACUCUGUUUGUGUGUGUCAGUUGGAUUCGUUCUUGUGUUUUUUUGAUCGAGAUUGAAGUUUUAGUGUUGUUUGUUCGGAAUUCAGGGAAAUUGAAUUUGGGUUUUUUUGCUAGUGUUGAAAUAUUGGAGUUUUGGGUACAUUUCUACAUUUUCGAUCUGUACAUUUUGAGUUUAAGAAGGAUGUUUCGUUGGCUGGAAAGGAUUGUAUUAGCUUGUUGUGAACCUUUAAGUCGAUAUCUCCCUUCGAGCAGGGGUGAAGAUUACCCAUUGCUAUGGCAUAAAGACCUUGAGAAACAUUCAUGUGGGAAGUUCUCUUGUGCUAUGGUACAGGGUAAUCCAGUAUGUGAAGAUUAUGGCCACGUUGAACCAGGUCGUCAAGGUACCUUUGUUGGGAUUUAUGAUGGCCAUGGUGGCCCUCAAGCUUCAAGAUUUGCCUGUGAUCACCUUAGCCGCCAUUUAAUAAGGUUUGCUCGAGCAAGGGGAACAAUAGAUGAAGAAGUCCUUAAUAAUGCCGUCGCUGCAACUGAAGAAGCCUUCCUUGAUUAUGUGAGGGAGAGAUUUGAAGCUGACCCAUUGAUAGCGUCAAAGGGGUGCUGCUGUCUGGUUGGUGUUAUCUGGAAUGGGACAUUAUAUGUUGCUAACCUGGGGGACUCUAGAGCAGUAUUAGGUCAUGAUCAUAUAGAAAGACCCGAUAGGAUUGUUGCUCUGCAGUUGACUAAUGAUCAUAAUGCCAGUAUCGUGCAGGUCAGGAAUGAACUGAAUGCUUCGCACCCAGACAAUCCAAACAUUGUGGUUUAUGUCAAUGAAGCAUGGCGUGUUAGAGGCAUUAUACAGAUAACUAGAGCACUUGGAGAUGCAUAUCUGAAGCACCAAGAAUUUGCUCUUGGUACAAAUUUCCCAAGAUUCCAUCUUAAAGUACCUAUUACGCGGCCAGUAGUAAGAGCUGAUCCAGAAGUAUCUUCAAGAAACUUACAAGCAGUUGAUAGAUUUGUUAUAUUUGCUUCUGAUGGGCUGUGGGAUCUCUUAACCAAUGAAAAGGCUGUAGAAAUUGUGAAUACCUAUCCUAAAAAGGGCAUAGCUAGAAGACUACUUGUAUCAGCCCUGGAUGAGGCGGCAAGACGUGUAAAGAUCAAGUAUGAUGAACUUAAGAAGGUUGGCAUAAAUGAGAGGAGGACCUUUCAUGAUGAUAUAACAGUGGUGGUCAUCUUUAUAGAUCACAGCAUGCUGAAUAGAGAAUUAUCUGUGCCUGGAAUGUCAGUUCAAGGAUUUGUAGACGCUGCUCCUCGACGAUCAGAAUUCAAUAUUGUUCAGCAACAGCCUGGUAGUGAGGAAGAACUCGAUGACAUGCCAUAACAAGUUGUUCUUUUCUAGGGCAGUGACACUGGAUGUGGCAAGUUUCUCAUCUCCCAUUUUCACAUUUUGAUAUAAUACAGUCCAGACUCUAUUAGGCCACCACCAUCCAAAAGACAUACCUCCUAAUUGUUUGUUUACCACAAUAUCUGUCAAUGUAAGGCCAUAAAUACAUUCUGUUUCAA